GGAGAAUAACUAUGUGGCUGCUGGCAGCACUGGGCGAUGUGGUCACAAGAAAUUUUGACUGCAUUGACCAUCGAGGCAGUGGCAAUUAAUCUGAUAGUCAGUCAUCUCCGGGGAUAGAGUUUGACGAUUUGAACGUUUCUUUCUCCAAGUCCACCGGAUACUGCAAGGCAUUUAAAUGGGUGUGCAGUCAUGUCCCGUGUCACAUUUCAGCAUAAAUCAAGAUCUGAGUAGAUUCCUAUUCGUCAACUACAGCGAACAAAGCCGAUUGGACACCACUCUGAACUGCGAAUCUCUCUACCUAUAUCGAGACUGCUUUACCACCUUCGAACUUCGAUUAUGCAAGAUUAUGCAGCUUUAUUAUUUCGUCGCCCUCGCUGCAUUCGUUGCAGCUGUCUCCGCUACCUCGGUCUCCAACCUCCAACGUUGCAUCACUGAUCCAGGCAACUGCCCCAACCUAGACAACUAUCCGCCUGACGGAGGUGCAGAUACAUACAACCUCGAACAGCCUUGUAGCCGCAUUCGGUUGAACUACGGGGUGAGUCCAAUUCAACACCAGUACUUCGCCGUGGCCACUCUACUGGAACAAAGAUUAGACAUGGCACAUAUCUGAAGGUAUACUACAGUUUGUCAACGCACUAAAUUCUACAGUAAUCGGUAAAGAAAUGAGCAAAAAAUCAAUGUUUUCAUUUGGGACCUUAUUCAAGUUGAAAGUAAAGCGUGUGACCGAGGCGCCAACUUCUUUGAAAACAGCAACAA